AUAUCUUUUCUGCUGCAUGUAUACGUUCCUCAUUUUCUCAUCUCGCGUCGAAGCGACCGAGCUCGUGCUGUCGGUCGCAGGUUUGUGCAACUACACCAUCCAUUCUUGCUAAGCAUGGCCACAAAGAACAAGUGCAAUUAAUCGAUGACAAUCGGCAUCGACAGUGGAAAAAGUUGGUUCACCGCCGGCAGCAAAAAUACGCAUGAGCGCUUCCCAACUUCUUGGCUUCUUCCAACAGCAACUUCGCUGCGCGUAUACGCUACCGUUCUACCCGUAUUCUUUUUUGUGAUCGUUUUUCCGGAGUGCGUGAAAAGGCCCAGAAAAUUUGAUUCUGGUUGGGUGGGUUUAGAGCAGUGUGCGUCCGCGCAGGCAUGUGUGUGUGUGUGUGUUUGUGAAGGGAAAAAGGACUGUGGAGAGCGUGUCGGGUUUGGCUGACGAGUUUUCCUAGAUGCUGGUGCCGAAAGGUGUCGAAAUGUCGGUGUCUGCGUUGCCGUAGUAACGGCGAAUUGAUAGGUUCACGGUUCUCGCUUUUCUCAUUUUCAUCGUAGCGCGGCAGUGUACCAGGUGCACGGCAAAACGGUUGGUUGUGUAGACGCAUCGUGAAGAAAAAGAAGGUGAAAAAUACGCAGGGGAAGAUUUCUCAAUGGUUGUCGUUUGCUGUCAGCAAGAUGAUUUGGUAUGCACAGAGGGUGCAAAGUGUGUAAAAGUGUUAUUUCCGUGAGCACCUAGUUGGCGUAUCCGGACGGCGCACGGGCGGGGAGGACGAGGCGUUCCGUUUCUGCGACGCGAUUCCGGCGAGAGGAAACGUCAAUCGCUGAUGGACACAGACGCAUCUUGAGUGUUUCCUGUUGUUAACCGGAGUGCCACAAAAAUAUGGCCGUUGCCGCCUGCCUGAAAGCAACCCAGUCAACCGUCGUCUAUUCGGGUCAGCACCAACCAUUGCAUCUGGUAGGAAUGAACGGCGUCGGCAACGUCGGCAUCGCCGGUGGUCACUUGCAAAGUCAGCUGACACGCUCGCUGGAGCGCAUCCUGGAGGAUGCGCACCUCAGCGGGGAGCUGAAGCUGAGCGGACGCAAGCUGAAGGACUUUCCGAAGGCAGCGGGGAAGUACAACCUCAGCGACACGGUUAUUGCAGAUCUGUCGAGAAAUCGAUUCUGCGAACUACCGGAAGACAUCACAUGUCUCGCGUUUUUAGAGCGCCUUUUGGUCUACCACAACACGAUCCGGUCUGUGCCGGAAACGAUACGUGGACUGCAUUCUCUAACUUAUUUAGAUUUAAGAAACAAUCAACUAUCGGUUUUGCCGCGCGAAAUAUGUGCUCUACCUCUUCAGGUUUUACUCGUCUCGAACAAUCGCCUUGCUACAUUGCCCGACGAGCUCGGUCGAAUGGAGAAGCUGACGGAGCUCGAUGCUGCUUGCAAUCAGAUAACACAUCUUCCAGCGCGAAUGGGUGACCUUCGCAACAUGCGUUCGCUAAAUUUGCGCAGCAAUCAGUUAGUUUACCUGCCUCGUGAUCUCACCUGCCUGGAGUUGGCAUUUUUGGAUAUCAGCAGUAACAAGAUCGCUACCUUGCCGGUAGAACUUCGACACAUGACCUCGCUUGUGGAUUUGGAACUUUCGAACAAUCCACUCACCUCUCCACCAGCUAGCCUGUGUGUACGCGGAUUGGUGCAUGUCUUCAAGUAUUUGGAAACGGUAGCGUCGCGGGAGGAAAAAUCUAAAACGGGUAUCGAUGGCCAUGCAACAUUACGACGUACGGCUCUUUCGGCAAAGAAUUCCAGCAGUUGUUUGCUGGACAGCCAACAGCGGAAUCGGAGAGCAAACGUCGACUCUGGAUACUGUACUAGUGAUGGUGGGUUCGAUGGUGGACAACAUGUCGCUCUGGCAACUCAUCCGAACCACGGUGGUCCACAUGAAUCUACAGUAGAUACUGCCGUUGCUGAAACAACGGGGGGUAGCAAUGAUGUGUGUUGGGAAGAAGAAUUUCGGAAGAAUGCCACAUUUCAGGAACAUCAUCCGGAUCGCAAGCAGUUAUCGAACAAUAAUAGCAAUGAUAUAUCGCCUGAAGGAGACAUAACACCCGAUGGCACAAAGAUGGAUGACAAAGGCCGUACACUAUCCAAUUAUCAGACGUAUCGCGAGUACAAGGAAGCAUUGCGUCAGCAGCGUAAUCUUGACUCAGUCUACCGAUCCAAAGAUCAUCCGCUGACACCAGAUAGUGCUGGAUCGGCGACGGACUCACCGGUUAGCAAUGUUUCGCCGUACACAAAAUCUAUCUCGUCGUCCUCGGUUUAUAGCAGCAGCAGCCAAAGCUCUCCAGUAUCGCCACAUCAUACAAUAGGCGUGCAAAAAAUGAACCAAAUUAAUGCAAACCCGAAUAGCAGCUACCACAUGACUGGGGCAACUGGCAGCCAUUCAAGUCCUCUGCUUUCGCCAAAUCGAAACGGUAGUCAAGGCACGACAGUUGAUGAUAGUACUGGAGGUACUCCUAAUAAGCGGCCGGUGCAAAAAGUCAUACCAUCUCGCAACAUUGGCUCAUUACAUCAUAAUCAAUCACCUACACAUUUAAAUGGGAAUCAUCAUGCGUCAGGAGCUGCUUCCACUAGUGUUUCUAAUGGAUCCCAUGGUAAAAAUGCUCUUUCAAACGGUGCUGGAAAAGGAUCUUUGUCUUCAGCAAAUGGAAGUGUCAACAACGAAUACGCUUAUGUGAAACCAAAUAGCCCGUGCAAGUCGACAAGUGGGGUAUUGGCGCACAAUAAUAUUCCUCCUUCGUCGAUACCAAAGCCAACGGUUUCAAAUAAUGGAGGAUUAGGCUUACCGGGAGCUACUCAAAAACCGUUGACAGCGACAGUAGGUUACGUAAAUAAUGCUAAACCGGGACAGAAAGCAAACAAGACUGUCUCGUGGAAUCGUGACGUGCCUACCGAAAAGUUGAGCUUUACCAUGCGUCGGGAGUUCGAUAAGCAGAAGGAGGAAACUGAACUCAUUGAGCAACUCCGGCAAAUUAUUGAAACCCGCUUGAAAAUGUCGCUUCCGCAAGACAUUGCACCUGCGUUAAUGGAUGGUGUCGUGCUAUGCCAUCUUGCGAAUCUUGUUCGACCGAGAUCGGUUGGCAGCAUUCACGUCCCUUCUUCAGCGGUGCCAAAAUUAACCAUGGCUCGAUGUCGAAGAAACGUGGAUUAUUUUCUGGAUGCUUGUCGAAAAAUUGGCGUAGAUGAGGAGUUGAUUUGCUCCUGCCAGGACAUCGUUCCACCAACCGUGGCCGAAUCCUCGUCAACACCGUUGGAGGAUAAUGAUCGGAAGGCGGGAUAUGAUGAUGGACAUGGAUCACAGGAAACUAGUCCUACGCCAAGACCUCCUAAUCCGUUAGCGAUGUAUCGUACGAUCGCAGCAUUGCUGAGUUUGCCGGUGGCUCAGAGCGUAUCACCACCUUCACCAUCACCACUUGGGUUUCUUCGUCGUCCUCGAUCACCACCACCACCGCCACCGCCAACAACGCAAUCCGUAUCAGCCAUAACAGCUGCUGCAACCAACACCAACAGCUCAACAGAGCCAGAGACAAAUUUAAAUUGUGAAAUAAUGGAAUCGUAUGGUUUUUCGACUGUAGGCAAAAUUGAUCAGCAGGGUUCGCAAAUAGUCGGUGACCUAGCAACCACCGGUGAGAAGAUGUUCGAGUAUUCGGACCAACCUACUCAAAGGUCGUUCCGUGGCAGUGAGGAUCAUCGGAAUGUUCCAGUGACAUUGGAUCUUCCCAAGAGUAGUGUUAAACCUGGUAGAAAACGAAAGUUUCCUUCUACGCGAACAAACCGUCGAAAUCAUGGUUCAACCGAUAUACAAUCAAAUUUGAAUGAAAUAAUCGAAGAAUGUGAAUACGACAGUGAUAUUGGAAAGUUUCGUUGUCGCAGCGACGAUGCUGAUGAAAUGGGUUACGGUCUUCCCGAUUACGAAGAUUCGGAAACGAGCGUUACUUCUUGCGACGACGAUAUGAAUGACGUUGAAGUAAGAUAUGAUGAUGAUGUGGGUGGUGAAACAUUCACUCCAACUAAUGCUCAACCCACCAUGGCCGAUUCAAUUGUUCGUCGGCAUAUACCGUCAAACGAUCUUGACACCCCAAUACUGAGUUCAAAGACCGAAGCCAGUGGAACCGAAAAUUUUAACAUCGUUCAAUAUGACGUCGAUUCGAUAAAAACUGAGGAGCAUAAAGUGGUUACGAAGAGAAUCGAAUUUUUUGAAAAUGCUGCAAAUAGCAGUAUGAAGAUACUGAACUGCGAAACGUCUGCCAUCUUAAAUGCUGCGGCAAUCAAAAAUGAGGGGGAAAUUGUCGAAACCCCGCAAGUGUCCAUAGCAAACGAGCCCUACAGUGCUAAAAACGAUUCUCAUCGACGUGAAUCCGAUCACCCAGUGAUUUCGACAAUUCUAUGUUUAGGAACAUUUUUGUUUACGGUCAUUUAUUUAUACUUGUAUCCUUUGUCGUAGUUUGUUAAUUUUUAAUAUUAUGUUUAUUUGUGUUUACAAAAUGGAAUGGGCAAAGUGUUCUUAUAACAAAACAAAAUCUUUUUUGGUUCAUUUUUUUUCUAAAACCCGUCUUUGUUUUGAUUGAAAAUUAGUAUGAAAUGCAUUAUCUAUAUUUACAAAGAUAAUUAUCUUUGGUUAUUAAGAUCUGGAUGGAAAAAAAUCCUAAAAUAUGUUCAAUAACAAUUAUUUAUAUUUACAUAUAUUACAAGAUAGCUUCUUAUUCCACCAACAACAAAUAGUUUGUUGGGAGCUAAUGUUUAGUAUUAUUCAAGGGGGUAAGUGCUUAAAUAAGUGAUAUCGUGAAGUACAUCAUUUGACCACUUACGAAAUUCCAUUGAAAAUAUUUACUUUUUUUUGCUUAAAACAUUAUGUUUAGUGUCAUGAUAAAACAAUGCUUCGAAAUCAUCACUUCAUUUCCUUUGAGGUAACAAGACAUCACCUCAAGAAUCAUUCAAAGUGGCUAGUGACACAAUUCAUUUUGCUUUGAAUUAAUUUAAAAGAGGCUUAUUUAUUUAUUUUCUGUAUUUUUCUAUAUUUAUUUUGAAUAACUUUUAUAUUUUUUUUAAUUUGAAAUGCUUUUGAAAUCCAAGUGGAGGCACAGUACUUAUUCAAGUGUUUACCAAUUUAAAUUAAAAAAUCAGUUCCAUGAACGUAUAACUUCUAUAUCUAUUAGAUUAGAUAAUUUUCUCCUAGUUGGCUAAUUUGAUCUUAGCUUUUUAGUGCCAGGAAAAUACAAUCAAUAAUCAAAAGUUGGACAGUUACUAUUACUUAAGCAAAUGUGUGGCUACAACGCAUGUUUAACGUGCAUGGUAGGAACGAGACAUAGAACAGGAAAUAAGAAACAAUUUGAGCAGGAAAUUAUACACUUAAAAAAGAGGAGUAAUGAAAUCAUGAGAGUUGCCUUAUAACAAAUAAAAUGUUAAGCACGCUAACCUUUAGCUAAGAGUGUAUCAGUGUCACAGUGAAAGGCAAAUCUUAUUUUUCAAUGAAGCCAACCAAUCUUAGAAACAUUAAAACAACAUUGAAAUAGGUUUAUUUCGUUAAAUCAUGCAAUGUAAGUACAUGUAUUUGGUUAAUACAUGUAAACAUUAUUACGGUACCGGUAACCUGCAUGAAAGUUAAUGGCUACUAGCGUUAUACGAAAAUAAUGCAAAAUAGAACUCGUACUUUAUUUAACUAAGUUUAAUAACGAAUUAUUAAAUUCCAGUAAAAAUUGCACUCAUUCCAUGUAAUGUAAUGUUUUAUAUUACCAAGAUUUCCAAACGCAAAAAUCUCUUUACCAAAUAUGAAAGUUCAAACAAAAGUAAUAUUUUUUUAGAUUAUUUUGAAUGCUAUUUAGUUUAAAAUCGUUUUGAUGUUCUCGUAUCCGUGCGAUUUUUUUGGAAUAUUUUUUUAUCUUUUAAGGCAGAACAUCUCACGACUGUAUCUUCUUAAGUUUAGUUUAAGUGCAUUAGUUUAAAAUUAUGUCUGGACUGAGGCAACUUCCACUUAUUUACAAACAGCAAACCAAAGGGUUUCCGAAGGACGCUGAAAGGGUGCAAACUUGAAUCUGACCGAGUAAAAUAUUUUAUGAUAGUGACAAUAUCCAAACAUUUACAGAGCAGAAUUUUCUUGGUUACUUAUAAAAAUACAAUUGCAGAUAAAUGUUCUCUUCACAGUUGUUGAAUGACAACCGAUGCAGAUGAAGCAUUGAAAUCCCUAGUGAAGUAAUAUUUCACCCUAGUUUUGAUAUAACAUAAAACCUAUUGCUAUACAACAUUGCAAAAGUAGUGCUAAGGUGAUUAUAGAACACAAAGAUUCAGGAAUAGAGUUUAUAGAAGUGUAUAACAUUCUGCAUUGCAAAAAAUACCUUUAUUUUUGUAAUAGUUAUAUCAAUUGCAUCAUUCCAAGGAAUUUGAACAAUUUCCUGAAAUAUCUGUCUCGUUUAAUUCACCGUAUACGCUGUUAAGAUUCAAAAUUAGCAAAUAAUAUUAUUCGGCAAAAAGUUGCAUUCAUAAACAACACAAGAUCCAAAAUAGUAAAUGUGCACUUAACAAGGGCCUUUUUUAAUUUGCAUUACACAGGAACGAUCUACAUUAAAAUUAAAAACACAGAUACAAUAGCUUUCUUGGUCGGACACUUUUCCUUAUGCUAUACACACACGCCGUUUAAGACUGCUAGGAAAGAAUAAUUUUAUUGAAGAAUUGUUGUAGCUUUCCCUAAUACCAUGUCCCGCUCAUGCUAAUAGCAUGACUAUUAAAUUAUCGACAAAAGAAAAGCAUUAUCACGCUUAUACAUGCAUUGCUGUUUCCAUAAAACGACAAUCUUUUGACUGUCGUUUGUGCUUGAGUUUAUACAAAAUCAAUAAAAAUACAUCUUACGUGUAUGGGUUUCUCGACAGCGA